CCCUCCUGUUCUCUUUAACGGUCCUCCUCUCUGGUGGUCCCUCGGCUUCGGAAUCAGCAUCACUCACUCUCCGACCUACAGCACUCAGGACUACGCUCAGCCCGGCACAGAGAGGGACAUGUUGCUGCAGACACUGUUCGUUUGGAUCCUGUCAGUCCUGUGUGGCACUGAUGUGUGUUGGGGAUUCUCCUACGACCGGCCCAAGCGCUCCGGAGAGGACGGGACUUCAUCCAGGACAGAGUCCCGCUCUGCGUCUCAGUACGUGGCGACCUCCGGCUCCUGCAGGAACAGGUGUUUUGAGCUGGUUGAGCUGGAGCCACCAAACUGUCGCUGCGACAACCUGUGUAAGACCUACAACGGCUGCUGCUCGGACUUCGAUCAGCUCUGCCUCAGGACAGAGGGAGGUUAUGAGUGCAGUAAAGAUCGGUGUGGAGAGACUCGAAAUGAACAACAUGCCUGCCACUGCUCUGAUGACUGUCUGGCCAGAGGAGACUGUUGUACCAACUACAAGACACUGUGUAAAGGAGACACUUCAUGGCUGCAGGAUGCGUGUGAUGAGAUCAAGAUGGCUGAAUGUCCUGCUGGGUUUGUGCGGCCGCCACUCAUCAUGCUGUCAGUGGAUGGAUUUCGAGCCUCUUACGUGAAGAGAGGACACACUGUCAUACCCAACAUCGAGAAACUGAGAACAUGUGGAACCCAUGCUCCAUACCUGAGGCCUGUGUACCCCACCAAAACCUUCCCCAACCUCUACUCACUGGCUACGGGUCUCUAUCCAGAGUCUCAUGGUAUCAUUGGCAACUCCAUGUAUGACCCAGCGUUUGAUGCCACCUUCACCCUGAGAAGCCGGGAGAAACUCAGUCAUCGCUGGUGGGGAGGACAGCCGAUCUGGAUCACAGCGCUCAAGCAGGGAGUGAAGGCUGCCACCUUCUUCUGGCCUGUUGCUAUCCCACUCGAGAGGCGGAUACUGACCAUGCUGCAGUGGCUCCACCUUCCUGAGGGGGAGAGGCCCUACGUGUACGCCAUGCACUCUGAACAACCAGACACAUAUGGACACAGAAUGGGGCCCAUGAGCAUAGAAUUGAACAACCCUCUGAGGGUGAUUGACAGAAUUGUUGGCCAACUGAUGGAUGGACUUAAACAGAUGAGACUGCACCGCUGUGUCAACAUCAUCCUGGUGGGGGAUCAUGGUAUGGAAGAGGCUCACUGUGAUCGCACUGAGUUCCUCAGUAACUACAUGACCAACAUUGAUGACAUCGUCCUCAUCCCCGGGUCCCUAGGCAGGAUACGCUCCAGAUACCCCAACAAUCCUAAAUAUGACCCCAAGGCUGUCGUUGCAAAUCUAACAUGUAAGAAGGCGGACCAGCACUUCAAGCCGUACUUGAAGCAGCAUCUGCCAAAGCGACUGCACUACGCCAACAACCGGCGCAUUGAAGAUAUACACCUGCUGGUGGAGAGGAAGUGGCACGUCGCCAGGAAGGUUCCUGAAGUGAAGAGGCACUGUGGCUUCUCUGGUGACCAUGGAUAUGACAAUAAGAUCAACAGCAUGCAGACUAUUUUCUUGGGGUAUGGACCUUCAUUUAAAUACAAGACCAAAGUUCCAGCCUUUGAAAACAUUGAGCUUUACAAUGUCAUGUGUGAUCUUCUGGGUCUGAAACCAGCCCCCAAUAAUGGAACCCACGGCAGUCUGAACCACCUGCUGAGAGGCCCCCCCUACAGACCCACAAUGCCAGAGGAGCUCUCCAGGCCAACAGCCUCUGGUCUUAUUCCUGCAGGAACAGACGACCUGGGCUGCAGCUGCGAAGACAAGUUGCGUGUAAAAAGUAGGGGCCAGAGAGGUUUGAAAGUGACCCUUGUACGAGGCUAUAACCUGGAGUCACUCUGGCUCUGUCUCUUACAGAACAAAGUGGAGGAGCUAAACCAGCGACUGAGGCAAGCUAUUGAUGACAGCAGGAAUCUGCCGCACGGUCGACCUGCUGUACUCUUCCGUACCAAAUACUUCAUCCUCCACCACAGUGACUACAUCAGCGGCUACAGCGAGGCUCUCUCCAUGCCUCUCUGGACGUCGUACACCGUCAGCAGACAGGUAGAAGUGUCCCCUCUGCCUGAAGCCCUGUCCAACUGUGUGAGACCUGAUACUAGAGUCCCUCCAGCCUACAGUCAGUCUUGUACUAACUACAGAGCAGACAGACACAUCUCCUACGCCUUCCUCUACCCGCCACAAUUGUCCUCAACCAUAGACAGAAAAUAUGAUGCUGUUCUCAUCACCAACACUGUUCCCAUGUAUCCUGCAUUCAAGAGAAUAUGGGGUUACUUCCAGAGAGCACUUGUGAAGAAAUAUGCCACUGAGAGAAACGGGGUGAACGUACUCAUCGGACCCAUAUUUGACUACGACUAUGAUGGUGUCAGGGACUCAGCAGAAAAAAUAAAAGAGUAUGUAAGUGGGACGAUACCCAUCCCCACACACUACUUUGUGGUCCUGACCAGCUGCUUAGACUUCACACAGGCUGCAGACUCCUGCAGCGGCCCACUCAGCAGUGCUGCAUUCAUCCUGCCUCACAGACCCAGCAACGACGAGACCUGCAGAAGCUCAGAGGAGGAGUCUCGCUGGGUGGAGGACCUGAUGAAGAUGCACACAGCGCGGGUCAGAGACGUGGAGAUCCUGACAGGCUUGGACCUGUACCGGAGAACCACCCGGAGCUAUGCUGAAAUCCUCUCGCUCAAGACCUACAUGCACACCUACGAGAGUGAGAUCUGAUCCCUGCUGUCCCUGUUAACAUUAUGUUACUGACCUUUUUCAACCGUGGAUGUAUGUGGUACAAGGAAGAGAUGCGAUCAUCUCUAUUACACUGACUUACACCAGCUUUAGCUCUGGCUGGAUGCUCUGCAGCAUCCAUGUUGUGGCCCUUCGGUUUCAUCUCAUUCAUUCCAUGCAUCUGUUGAGAUACAGCUUUGACACCACUGAGCUAGUAGCUGUGGUACUGUCCACUUAUUCUGUUGAGCAGUGGGAACAGUUCCUCUGCUCUGUGUUACUGUUUCGUGGUCGGCACGCAAAGAAACCUCCAGAUCAAGAACAACAGGACCUACAUACAGUAUUAUUUUGCCAUUUUAAACACAGUGCUUCAUUUGUCUCAUUUUAGUAUGCAGUUUUCAUAAGCAAAAAACUCUAAUCUAUCCCAGUAAUUUUGCGUCAUAAUGUGUAAAUAUCAGACACCAUUAACUGUCAUCUACAAUCUAAGAUUUCUCAUCUUUCCUUUGAAUUAUCUCAUUACUUAGCAAAACUCUUCUCUCAGCAGUAUGGCCAGAUCAACCUGUAAGGGGGCCUGGGGAUAAACCUUUGCUAAUAGACCCCUAUUAAUACACCACCCUCCCUUUAACCGUGUCCUCUGUAUUCUACCUGUAUUUACUCUGUGCCUCCAAGUCCCUGUCAAGUUCAGUGGAGCAGUAAUCCUAUGCUGGAAUAUUAUCUGGCUCCAGAUUUUAUAUUUUGAGGUAUCUGAUCAUGGUUUUUAUUAAACUGACAUUUUAACUAUAUAUUGAUGAAGACAUCUCAAGACAGGGCUUUAAGAGGAAAUAAUGACUGAUUUGACCACUUUUUUCAGACCAAAUACAAUUACUUACAUUUGGGUACUUGCUGAUACUAAUCUGUACUUUAUAAGACCAUUACAGUCUGACAGUGCAUCCCUAUGACAGUGUCUUUUAGGUUGGUGCACAUUUCUGACAAAUCAGCUGUUCAACAUUUGCUGGCAGUAUUACACAUUGGUUAACCAGCUUGAUAACCAAGAAGUGAGUUGAUUUUGUAUAGCAGCCUACAUAAAAACUAGAUUUUCUAGAAAACAAUAUCAAUAAAAAAUGAAAUCUUGAAUUGCACUACAAAGCUGUCCAUAGUGUCCCACACAAAACCAUCACUUCAGUGUUAAGACAGGUUUGUUAAAGCAGUGCAGUGAAGGCAUAUUUUCAGUUUCCUACACGAUAUUGAACCCACUCAGUUUACACAUUACACUAUGUCUGCACUGAACAGCUUCUCUGUGUUCAGUGAUGAAGAUGAAAUUUCCUUUUUUUUUCUUCUUCAAUGAAAUGAUAAUGCAAUGUUAUUGUUGUUGUUUGCGUGUGUACAGUGUGUGUAUGUUGAAUUCAAGAUAUGUUCUGUUUGUGUUUGACUCUGUGUGUGUUGUGAUGUUGACUUUUUGUUCUGUGCACAAUAAUAGUAAUGUCAGUGAUGAUAAUUUGUUAAUGUUUUCCUUAAAACAUUCACCACCUGUGAGAUUGACCUAUUUAUGCUUUAUGUACAUUUCAUCCCAAUAAACAAGUGUUUUUACUAAAUAAA